AUAUGGAUGGCUUUACGAUGGUCUGGUUUGUUAGUCAUGCCGCGAAUACUGCGCUGCUUGAACGUUUCCAGGAUAUCUGCGAUGCUCCUUCGCAGUUGUUUCCUGUACGGAACGGUCUUUGGAGUGAUCACCUUUCGAAUUGAGAGAAAGAACUCGCAGUUGGUGGCCAUCAACCGAAGGGGUUACCUGUGGAUCUGCCUGGUUAUUAGACUUUUGGCAAGCUGUUCCUAUGGCUACAGUUACUAUGCCUGGUCUGGCCAAUACGAUGAUUUGUACCUUCGGGCUUUCUUCGGUUUCCGAUUGAUCGGCUGUCUGAUCUGCAGCGUCAUUAUCCUGGUGAUGCAGUUUUGGUUCGGCGAGGAGCUCCUCAGCCUGGUCAACCGUUUCCUUCAGCUCUUUCGGCGAAUGCAAAGUUUGACAAAUUCUCAGAAAAAUAGAUUUGGUGACAGGGCUGAAUUUCUCUUGAUGUUCACUAAAGUAUUCUCCUUACUCUUCGUAUUCAUGGCCUUUCGAUUAAUGCUCUCACCCUGGUUCCUGCUAACUUUACUGUGCGAUUUAUACACGUCUGUCGGAACGGGAAUGAUAACACAUUUGUGUUUCGUUGGCUAUCUCAGCAUUGGUGUCCUUUACAGGGACCUGAACAACUAUGUCGAUUGCCAACUGAGGGCCCAGUUAAGAUCACUGAAUGGGGAGAAUGAUUCGUUGAAUUCGCAACCAAAACGUCAGGCCAUCUCGAAUUUGGACAAGUGUUUGUAUCUCUAUGACGAGAUACACCAGGUGUCACGCAGUUUCCAGCGACUCUUCGAUCUACCACUUUUUCUCAGCCUCGCACAAAGUCUGUUGGCCAUGACCAUGGUUUCCUACCACGCCUUUCUGCGAAGACAAUACAGUUUCAACCUCUGGGGCUUGGUCAUCAAACUACUCGUCGAUGUGGUGCUGCUGACCAUGUCCGUGCACUCAGCUGUUAAUGGUUCUCGAUUGAUAAGGCGGCUGAGCUUUGAGAAUUUCUAUGUGACUGACAGCCAGAGUUACCACCAAAAGGUGAGUCCAGGUGCUAUAACCUUAAGGUUUAAGUUCGAUACUUUUCCAAUCUUGCAGCUGGAGCUUUUCCUGGGCCGCCUUCACCACCAGGAGCUGCGCGUGUUUCCUUUGGGCCUCUAUGAGGUCUCCAACGAACUGACCCUAUUCUUCCUGUCGGCAAUGCUGACCUAUCUGGUCUUUCUGGUACAGUACGGUAUGCAGUCGCAGCAAAUUUGAUUCAACGUCACGCAUUGCUUGCGGCAUUGCACCCUCCCAAAAACCUCGCGAUACGAUACACCUGCCAGGCCCACUUGCCCACCUGUCCUGCGGUUGCACGCAAAUAAAACAAUGAAUAAAGAACGGAAUUUCACAAGACAAAACUAGAAAGAAACAAAAAACCAAAAACAACAAGCUCAAAUCGGCAGUUGCAGGACCCAAUUCCCAAUUUCCGGUUAACCGUUUGUUCCGCUGCAAUUUUUCCCAUGAAACUUGGUCGCGGCAUUAAUUAAACAUUCAUGCUAACGUCAAGCGGAAAAUUUAUGCGGCACUCGGAUGGCGGAGGGAGCGAGGGGGGCGCAUUAUCAGCGCACAGUUCACGCUAAAAGGCGCAUAAAAACAAGGCCGAGGCCGUCGCUCUAAUUAGCAUAGGUUAGGGUACAAAGCCGGUCCUCAGAAAGACACAAAAGCCAUAAAGGUGCACUUGCCACU